AUGAACUUUCUUGGUUUCGCUUUCCCCUUGGCGUUGCUUGUAGCAGUUCAGCUAACCACUUUAACAUGGGCUGCAACGAAUGUGACAAAAACUUCAGGAAAAGGUAAAAAAGUGACCCCGUUAUGUCGAAUCUCUUUAGCAUACGCAUACUGUAUUCAUUGGAUUAAGCGUCGCUCCUGCAUAAGCCAUCUGAAACUGUAACUCAAACGCGAGCGGGCGUGCAAAGUUUGUCUAAGGCACCCUUGAAACUUAUUUUACGGCGGAAAUUUUUUUCUCAGUUUUAAACGCUGCAGUUCUUCAAUAGACACACCUUUAAGAGCGGUAGUUACUUUUAAAUUUUUGCAAACAUAGAGCAAGCCUGUUCAAGCCUGUUCAACCCUGCGUGGGUUGUUUAUUCGAUUCCGAUAGUAGAUCUAAACGUAAACCUUCACAUAUUGAUGUUUGAUCGACAAAUUUUGAACUAUGUACUUCUAGAAAAAAAUACACUUUGAGAUACACUAUCUAUUACCUGCUGAAAACAAUUUACAGUGGAACAAAAGAAAUUGUGAUGGACUUUAAUUUUUAUGUCACGGAAGUUUUUUCCUAGAGAAGUUUAGCAAGCAAAUCUUUGCAUCUUUAGUACAAGAAGAAAACUGAGAUAUUUAGUAAACACUCGAUAGGCUUUGUUUCGUUUUUGUAGGAUACUUUUGUUUCGAGUUUUCGUCUUUUUUCUUUUUUUAACUUUGUGAGGAUGGCAGAUGACCUAGCGAAAGUUAGAUAAACGUUUGCUAAACUGCGGCAGGUUACGCUAGUCUUCAAAGAAGUUUACGCUGCAAGCCAGUCCUCCAAAAUUCAAAGAAAAAGAGAGCCUCCUUCCUCAAACUCUACGGUCAGUUUUCAAUUUUGGUCAUCAUGGCUGAUGAAAUGUGUUUCAAAGAUUUUUUCAAAUUUCUCAUAACCGUAACAAUACAUCAUUAAUUCUAAUUAAUUAAUUAGGGAGCAACCAACAUUUAUCACAUGGGGGGAGGGAGCAAGGAAGGGUGGAAGAAGGAUUUCUGGGGGCCAAAAGCUUCACAUUUCAGAUGGAAACAUAGUACUUAGUGGCCUAUUUGUCAGCUGAAAAUAUUCGGUUGCUAAUGUUUUCCCGGGAGGAAGCUAAAAACAUUUGUAAAAAUAUUUCCCUUAAGGUAUUUAUUAACUAACAAGUUGAGUCGGGCAAAAAAUUUCCAAAGGUCACCAGAAAUAGAGUCCAAAUCAACUGGUUAUUCAAGCAGACUGAGUGUAUUAAGAUACUUUAAAUGCUCUACUCUAUUUCCUGUAGGUAUUCACAUCUUUUGUUUCAAGCAGUCCUUUUGGCUUUGAAGAUAUAUUUUUGCUAUUCGAUGACAACAUUAGAUGUCAAAAACAAAUGGAGACAGAGUCAACCAUGAGAUUCAUUAAGAUGUCAUGAAUUCCUCUGUGGUAACUGAGGCGAAAUAGGUUAUGUAAUGUAUUCUAUCACAAAAAUCUAAAAAGCCGAGAAGAACAUAACAUAGUGAAGAGAUCACAACAGCAGUCGAGAUAAGCCUGGACAGUUGUACGCCUUUGUGACGAUACGGUGAAGAUGAACUUUCCUUGUUUCGCUUUCCCCUUGGCGUUGCUUGUAGCAGUUCAGCUCAACACUUUUACAUGGGCUACAACGACUAUGACAAAAACCUCAGGAAAAGGUAAAAAGGUGUUCCCUUUAUUUCCAAUCCCUUUCGCACACGCAAACCGUAUUCAUUGGAUUAAGCGUUGCUCCCGAAUAGGCGCUCUGGGACUGUAACUCAAACACUGGCUGGCGCUAGUUUGCCUGAGGCACCCUUGGAACUUAUUUUACGCGGAAAUUUUUUUCUGGGUUUCAAACGCUACAGUUCUUCAGUAGAAACAUAUUAAAGAGCGAUAGUUACUUUUAAAUUUUUACCAACAUAGAGCAAGCCUAUUCAAGCGGUGGGUUCUGUGUGGGUUGUUAAUUCGAUUCCGAUAAUAGAUCUAGACGUAAACCUCCACAUAUUGAUGUUUGAUCGACAUAUUUUGAACUAUGCAUAGACAAAAUUAAACUCUGAGAAACAGUUUCCUUUUUGCCAGGGGAUAAAUGACAAAUUACCGGUUCAUUGAUUCGUAUACGAAAACUCAAUUGUUGUAGAGCUCAUAGAGCUAACAUGAAAAUUACAAAUUAUCCUCUACUGCAUUUCUUUCAAGAAUGUUUCACGGAAAGACAGAUAUUCUUACUCGAGGUCUAAUUUGUUCAGCAAAACAAUUUUAAAAAACUGUUUUUCCGAAAAAAAUUAAAAUGAAAAUUACAAAUGAUCCUAAACUGCAUUUCUAUGAAGAACCUUCUACAGAAAGACAUGCAGAUAUUAUUACUCGAGGUCUAAUUUUGUUCAGCAAAACGAUUGAAAAAAACGGAUUUAUCAAAGAUUUAAAUAUUAACUUUUAUCAUUGCCCUUGAAUGAGAAUUGAAUGGGGGAGUAACAUACGGACCCCUGAGGAGGUAGUCGUCGUCUUCGUCCGAAUGAAGAAGCUCUAUGAAGGAUAGACAUAUAGCAUAAUUUUGAGAAACGUGUGAUAAUGUGAAUAAAAAGACAACCUUUUCUUGUGUCAAAGAUUAUGAUGAGCAAGGAAAACACCUGGGUGAGCAACCACUACGUAGCACGGAAAUAGAGUGCGAUCUUGACUCGUUCUCGUUGCGUAAUAGUAAACCAACCUAUCCAGAGCUCGAGAAGCUAGGUGUCACCCGUCCCCUCUGCCAAGGCGAGUAUUACGCCACUCUCUACAAUAAUGAUUUGGGAAUUGCAAGUUACUCACUCUACAAGAUUACCGCCGCACAAGCCACGACACCCAAGAAACCAAGACCUAAAGGCUACCCAUGGCGACGGAAUCUGACGCCAGGUAAGGUAAUUAGUGUUGUCGUUAUAAUUUACUUGUGUGAUGAAGAAAUUGAGGAAAAAAAUUGAUUCGUUUCCCAUUCCACUACUACAACGUCCGUUCAUUCGUGUUGUUUUGGUCUUUCACGCACUGUUUAUGCGAUCGAUAAGAUGCUGAUAGAUAGACAGAUAGAUAGGUGGGUAGAUAGAUAGAUAGGUGGGUAGAUAGAUAGAUAGAUAGAUAGAUAGAUAGAUAGAUAUUACGUAGAUAUGAUAUAUAUUUACAUUAUGCAUCAUUAUUCUAUCAGGCCAUUUUACCACAUUAAGGCAACGGCAAACGCAAAACAUGCGACGGUAUUACGCUGCAGGUACAAUGGAGCAAAAGUACGGAUGGAAAGAGAAAAAAACUUGUGGGAAAAGUCAUGCAUGAUGGUUUAACCAUGUUAUGCAAAUCAUUUCCUUGACUUAACUGAGAUCUCUCACUUAAAACAUUUCGUAACUGUGAUCGGGAGGGUAACAACUAUAUUUACCGAGCGGAUAAAUCGAGAACAAAAUUUCUUGGCUUGUGAGUGACAUUAGUGUACUUUAAAAUUCUUUCACGUUCAGGGAUUCAUCAAGGAAGCAAUGCAUUGUAUCAGAGACAACCUACUCCGCGUAAAUACGAUAGAGGCCACCUCGUUCCUGUUAAUAUCUUACGUUACAGCGAUGAAAGUGCUCGUGCCACUUUCACCUACACCAACUGCGUGCCGCAAAUUAAAGGUUUCAACAGAGGUGUGUGGAAAAAGUACGAACAGAAAAUAGACAAAUACGCCCGGACAGUUUGUUCUCCGAACGGCGGAACCCUUUACCUAAUCACUGGCACAUCAUCGGUUCAAUUUGAUGAGGAACUUGAUAAUCAAGGUGAAAAAAAAAUUACCGCGUUGGUGAAACCUCAGCAGUUGUUCCAUGACAACGUGGAUGCAAAGAAGAAGGUCGCAAUUCCAAACUCAAUUUGGACGGUGGGCUGUUGUUUGAACUUGAAUACCAAUCAAGUCGUGGGAGCGUUUGGUGUAAUUGGUGAUAAUUCUUUAGGCAAAAAGUCCUUAAAUAAAUUUAUAAUGCCCAGAGCAAAGGUCGGAGAUGUUGAAGGGAUCCUUAAAUUAGAGUAUCCAAAAAUUGAGUUGUUUCCAAACGGCAAGGAUUGCUAUGAGAGAAAAAAAAACGUUCAAUUGAAGUAUGUGUAA